ACAAGGGUGUUUAUACUGAUUUAUAAAUAAGUCGUAAAGAUAUGUACAAGCAUUGUGCGAUAAGAAAAAUUGAUGAAAUAAUCUAAAUCAUAGAGGGGGUCUUGAAAUGUGUUUUUAGUUACAAUAGUUAGGAAAUUUUACCAAGAUAAAGUAGGAAAUCAGGAAUAAGUUUGGAGCUCACAAGACACGCCAAUGUACGUAAUGCUGUAAGCUGUGACAGACAGAAGAUUCGAAACAAUGGCUUCAUAUAGCCCUAAACUGUUAGAAAAGAAAUACAAUAACUGGGUUAAAGCUCAGUUAGCUGUGUUGUUUACUAAAGAAGGAGUUGAACUUUUUGUUUGUAAUGAAAUCCAACAAUUUCAAUUGAAAUGUUUACAUGAUAUAUGUUACUUUAAUGGCCUACCUAGUGGGACUUGUUGUUCAAGUUGCUGUACGGAAAAUGUUGUUCAUUGCCCUACAGACAACAUAUGUAAAGUUAGGCGUGGGAAAUGUACUUAUCAUCGAAAUGUUUCAACAAGGUACAAUUCUUCUGGCUGUCCUAACAAGAUAUGUCAUAACUUCAAAACUGAAAUACAGAAUGCACAUAGAUACAACGGUCCGUCGUACAAAAUCACUUAUGCUACUCAGUGGUGUAGUAAUUUCUGGGAAGUGGCGAAAUGCUUUUUGCCCCCUGACGGGUAUAAAGACAAGGCAUCUGCAACAGAAACAGAUUUCAAUGGUAUAAUCAGCGUUAUCCUUAAUUACAAAGACUUUCAGGGAAAAGUACAGGAAAACCUCAAUAAUAAGAUAAAUAUGUUUGAAGAGGCAAGGGAAAUUGGAAGAAAUGUGCGACAUUCAUCAAAACUUGAAGUAGGUGAUUCAGAUCUUCAGAAAUACUUCCAACUAUUACAGCAACUACUUUCUGAUCCUGUGUAUUUAGCUACAGACACGCAUGCGCAAAAUGCUAAGCAGAAACUUAUACAGUUAGAAAAUGACACUCUUGUCAUUUGUAAAGAUGAUUUAAGAAAAGUACUAGACGAUGCGGCAACAGUACUUCAAGACAAGAUGACGACUGGAUUAGAUGAGCAAUAUGACCAAAUUAAACUAGAUAUGAUAAAAAGAAAACAGGAAGAACUUUUAUCUCUUGUGUCUCAAACUGCCGAGGGAAUGGCACAGAUACAGGAUAAAACUGAUGUUUCUGUGAAAAGAUUAAAUGACGAAAGAGACAAAGAGGUUGAUACAAUUCAUAAACAAGGAGAUAAAGAACGAACAGACCUGGCUAAAUUAGGAGAGGAUAUACAAAAGAAGCUGACAAAAACAAGUAAAGCCGAGGAAGAAGAACAAUAUAUUGAUUCUAAACAAAAGCUUAAAAAAGGUUUGAUUGCAUUCUACAAAACGAGACACAGUAAAGUUUUCCUGUCGCCCCUUUUCGAAGAAAAUGACACACCUUUGGCUUCUUUCUACAUACGACCUGAAUUGAAUUUAAUAAUCUCAGCACAAACGAGAAAUGAUGAAAAAAGACCAGUCAAAUCGUUAUCGGUGAUGUUUAAGACGGGAAACCAAGCUAACCGAGAAAUACAUGUUAUUGCCGAUGCUGGUCUCGGAAAAACUGCAUUUUCAAACUAUCUGGCGAUCACGUGGUGUCAAGCUCAUUUUCCAGAUGAAGACAUGAUUCAAUCUUUUCAAAAGGAUGAUACAGACUGUAUGCAGGGAUUUGAUUUCUUAUUUCUGAUCUUAUUGCGAGAUUCAAACGAUUUAUGUUCUAUAGAUGAUCUCAUAUUUGAAAAGAUUGUUUCAAAUUUGGGUCUAGAAGAAAAACCUUCAAAGGUUUUCCUUCUUAAAAUUUUGAACAAAGAGAAAUGCCUCGUUAUACUUGGAGGACUAGAUGAAUGGACCCACCCCGAAAAGGAGGAAUGUUACAGAUCACCCCGAUCAAUCCCCCAUAGGAAUGACCGAGAAAAUUGUACAAUACUGACCACCACGCGAUCAUGGAAAUUAGGAGUUUUGAAUCUUAAUUCGUGUCAAAUAGGAGAAAAGGUAGAACUUACAAAAUUAAGUUACGACUCGGCAGUCACACUUACGGAAAGGAUUUUACAAAGACUGAAAUCUCACCCCAAUAAGGAUGCAUUACAACGUGAUGUCACAGCGUUCAUUUCAGGAGUCAAAAGCAGACAAAAUGAUGAACUUACUGCUGUGCCUCUACUUUUGAUAUAUACAAUUUGUUUAUGGUGUGACGGUGUUCAAAUAGGAAAUUCAAGAUGUGGAAUCUAUAUAAAUAUAGUAGAACUGCUCUUAUCAAGAACGAUUCAGAAGCAUGGAGAUCUUCGGAAAUUGUUUGACCAUUCUGAAAGUGACAUUCCAGAAUGCCUUGCUGAAUAUGAAAACUGUACAAAAUACUACCCACUCCUUAUGUGUUUAGGGAAAUUAGCUUAUUAUAUGUUAUUCAAUGAAACAAGAGAAAACACGCUAGUAUUUAAUGGAUCAGUUGCUAAAAAAUAUCUCUCAACAGACGAGAUGAAAUUUACCCUUCACUCAGGAAUGUUGUCAGAAAGUACAUCUAAAACAUUAACAAAAAAGUUAAGUAAAGUAUCAUUUCCCCACAAAACAGUUCAGGAAUUCUUUGCUGCAAUAUUUAUAAGUUCUGAAAAUGAGGCUCGGAAAAUUGUUGUAGAAAAAUGUAGAAAUAUUCAAGACAUUUUAGACAUGUCACAAAUUUAUGAAUUCAUAAGUAAAAUAAAUGCUGCCCGGAUGUGUGAAAUAUCAAAUUAUUUCAUGUAUGUGAUAAAUGAAGACGAGGAAACACGCGUCUAUAGAACUACGACAGAUAACGAGUACUCCAUGUACGAUACUCCAUUGUUAGACAUACAGAAAAUGUUCAUGUUUUGUUUACAAGAAAUGCCUGAAAGCGAAAAUAUUCAAUUAUGUUUACAAGAUUUUUUCAUUGACAAGAACACCGAGCACAAAGAGGAGUUACAACGUUUGUUAAAACAAAAUAAAACCAACAUAAAAUCACUUUAUAUAGACACCAGACGUACUUCCAGCAGUUUAUGUGAAAUUAUAGAUUUAUUCUCUCUCACAGAUCUAAAUCAUAUACAGAAACUUUACUAUCGUGGAGACAGGUGGAAGGUGACUGAGAUAAAGCGGAUAUUGUUUCCCAGUUUACAGAACGUAACUUUGUUGUUUGGUAAAUUGACAGAUGAUGACGAAAAUCUGAGUAAAAAUUUGGCGCGAGUGCAAAACUUACACUAUUUAUAUAUUGAAGGCUUCUUGUUUUCUCACAAAAUACUGGAAAUAAUUUUCAAUUUUAUCUCCGGUCAAAAAUCAAUAAAAGAGUUAACAUUGAAGCAGUUAUACUGUAAAGAACAUGGCGACCAUGAUUGUAAAAGAUUGAACUUGGACUUGUCUCAGCAUUCAACUCUAUCAAAGUUAGACAUGCGGCGGUUACCUGACAGGCUACAACUAAAUAUAUCAACACCAUCAUUAGUUUAUGUUAGGUUGUGGUACAUCAAUCUAGAUGAAAGUUCAUUUUUACUGUCACGUGACAUGUUGAAUAUUGAAGAUAUGGUGUUGUCGGAUAUAGAAAUAUCUGCAGAAAGUUUACAGAACUUUAUUACCGUGCUUGAAAAUCUGCCGCAGUCAGUUAAAGUAGUGAUGUACGCCAUUAAACCGGAAACAGAAUAUAAACGUGUUAGAGAACAUAUUCGGAGUUCACAAACUUUCCAUGUGAUACCAGACAACCAUGACUACAACGACUGGCGGCGGUUUGAGUUCAAAACAAUAAAACCAAGUAAAGAAUAAACAAAGAAAAAAUGUAACAAAAUAAACUGAAGAAAUUACUUUAACACUUUUACAUGAAAUCAAUUCAAAUAUGGCCACUUACAAAACAAAAUGGCGAUUUUUCUACGUUAUACAGGUACUGUAUAGUAUGGUCAUUUAAUUUACAAACACUAAUUUCUGUUUAAAGUUUAAUUAAGUGACAGUUGUUUAUACAAAAUAUAAAUAAAUAAAUAGCAUUUUGAGAGGAGAUAUAAUUCUAGGAAGUUUUUUUACCAGAACUUAACUUGGUACUAGGAUUUUGAAAUAUUUUACAAGUAAGUGAUUUUAUAUUGAAUUGUUUAUUUUCAUACAUAAUUUCAUUUUACAGACCUAAGAUUGAAAAAAGAUUAUUCUAAUUGAAUCAUAUUAUAAUAAUUUCUUU